CCGGCCGCGCCCCCCCGGCCCCGCAGGCGCGGCCCGGCCCGGCCAUGCCGGCCAAGAGGAAGCCGGUGCUGCCCGCCCUCAACAUCGCCCCCAGCGCCGCCGAGGGGCCCAGCCCCGACGGCUCCGCAGAGGCUAACCUGGUGGACCUGCAGAAGAAGCUGGAGGAGCUGGAGCUGGAUGAGCAGCAGAAGAAACGCCUGGAAGCUUUCCUGACGCAGAAAGCCAAAGUGGGGGAGCUGAAGGACGAUGACUUCGAGAGGAUCUCCGAGCUGGGCGCUGGCAACGGCGGGGUGGUCACCAAAGUGCAGCACAAACCCUCAGGGCUCGUUAUGGCACGGAAGCUGAUCCAUUUGGAAAUCAAGCCAGCCAUCAGGAACCAGAUCAUCCGGGAGCUGCAGGUGCUGCACGAGUGCAACUCCCCCUACAUCGUGGGGUUCUACGGAGCCUUCUACAGCGACGGGGAGAUCUCCAUCUGCAUGGAGCACAUGGAUGGUGGCUCUUUGGAUCAAGUGCUGAAAGAAGCCAAAAGAAUUCCUGAGGAAAUCCUGGGCAAAGUCAGUAUAGCGGUUCUGCGGGGCCUGGCCUAUCUGCGGGAGAAGCACCAAAUCAUGCACAGAGAUGUGAAACCCUCCAACAUCCUGGUGAAUUCCCGAGGGGAGAUUAAGCUCUGUGAUUUCGGGGUCAGCGGGCAGCUCAUUGACUCCAUGGCCAACUCCUUUGUGGGAACUCGGUCCUACAUGUCUCCCGAGCGCCUGCAGGGCACGCACUACUCGGUGCAGUCGGACAUCUGGAGCAUGGGGCUGUCCCUAGUGGAGCUGUCGAUCGGAAGGUACCCAAUCCCCCCGCCAGACUCCAAGGAACUGGAAGCAAUUUUUGGCCGUCCUGUGGUGGACGGGGCGGAGGGAGAGUCCCCCAGCAUCUCGCCGCGGGCCAGGCCCCCAGGACGCCCCGUCAGUGGCCACGGGAUGGACACCAGGCCUGCCAUGGCCAUCUUUGAGCUGCUGGAUUACAUCGUUAACGAGCCGCCUCCCAAGCUGCCAAGUGGAGUCUUCACACAAGAUUUCCAGGAGUUUGUAAAUAAAUGCUUAAUUAAAAACCCAGCAGAACGAGCAGAUCUGAAGAUGCUGAUGAGCCACACGUUCAUCAAGCGCUCCGAGGUGGAGGAGGUGGAUUUCGCGGGCUGGCUGUGCCGGACACUGCGGCUGAACCAGCCCAGCACUCCCACCCGAGCUGCCAUGUGAGCCCGGCCCGGCACUCCUGCCUCUGGCACCGCUUCCUCUCCUCCCUCCACGGCAGAACUGCCCCUCCUUCCUCCCUCCCAGCCCGCCGAGCCCCAGCGCCAAAGCUCCGGCCCCCAAAGCUCCGGCCCCGGGGGCGGCUCCAUCCUCCGGGGCUGCCCGGUGGGGUCGGUCCCUUCAGAUGUGGGGGUGUUCCAGGCCUCUGCUCCAGCUCUGGAGCUCCUGACACUUGGGAUUUGUGGUGCUGCUUAUGUUGGUUUUUCUUUAUUUUCGGUUUAUUUUUGUUUUGGUUCGGGGUUUUUUUGGGUUUUUUUUUUUUUUUUUGGAAAUGUGUUCACUCGGGUUAAAAAGGAAGGGGGUGUGAGGUGGGGAGGGGAUGAGGGGCAGCUGAUGCUUCACCUCAUCCCUGGUUUUCUCUCUGGCAUGGAGAAUCAGUGGGGUGAGGAAUGGAGAAGCCCUGCCGGGGGUGGCCCAGAGCAGUGUCACUGUCCUGCCUGGGGACACCGCUGGGCUCUGGGCAGAGCAGAGAUCGCUGAUUGCCUGCCUGGAUUUUAAACGGUUCUUUUGAAGCC